GCGCCCGGGUCCCGCCGGCCUUGGCCAGGGAGGCGUGCCCGGGGAAGCAGCCGCCAGAGUGACCUAAGUGAGGAAAAGGGGCCGGAGGGUGACCUGGAGGAGGGCUCUGCAAGUGAUGUCAGAUUUUAGGUGAUGGGCAGAUCCGAAAGUCAGAUGGAUAUAACUGAUAUCAACACUCCGAAGCCAAAAAAGAAACAGAGAUGGACCCCGCUGGAGAUCAGCCUGUCGGUGCUUGUCGUCCUCCUCACCAUCAUAGCCGUGACCAUGAUAGCUCUGUACGCGACCUAUGAUGAUGGCAUUUGCAAGUCAUCAGGCUGCAUAAAGUCAGCUGCCCGGCUGAUCGAGAACAUGGACAGCAGUGUGGAACCCUGCACGGACUUCUUCAGAUACGCCUGUGGAGGCUGGCUGAAACGCAACAUCAUUCCCGAGACCAGCUCCCGCUACAGUAACUUUGACAUUUUAAGAGAUGAACUAGAAGUCGUUUUGAAAGACGUCCUUGAGGAACCUAAACCAGAAGACAUAGUAGCUGUGCAGAAGGCGAAAACCCUGUACAGGUCCUGCAUGAAUGAAACUGCUAUUGAAAGUCGAGGAGGAAACCCUUUACUUAGCCUCUUACCGGAUAUAUAUGACUGGCCAGUGGCAACAGACAACUGGGAACAAACAUAUGGUGCUUCUUGGACAGCAGAGAAAUCAAUUGCACGACUAAAUUCUCAAUAUGGGAAAAAAGUCCUUAUUAAUUUCUUUGUUGGCACCGAUGAUAAGAACUCUACGAACCAUAUAAUUCACUUUGACCAACCUCGACUUGGCCUCCCUUCCAGAGACUACUACGAAUGCACUGGUAUUUAUAAUGAGACUUGUACAGCAUAUGUGGACUUUAUGAUUGCUGUGGCAACACUGAUUCGUCAGGAAAGAAAACUGCCCAUCAAUAAUGACCAGAUUGUUUUGGAAAUGAAUAAAAUUAUGGAACUGGAAAAAGAAAUUGCCAAUGCUACAACUAAACUUGAAGAUCGAAAUGAUCCAAUGCUUCUUUAUAAUAAAAUGACCUUGGCCCAGAUCCAAAGUAACUUUUCAUUAGAGAUUAAUGGAAAGCCAUUCAGCUGGUCAAAUUUCACAAAUGAAAUAAUGUCAACGGUGAAUAUUAGUAUUCCAAAUGAGGAAAAUGUGAUUGUUUAUAGUCCAGAGUAUUUAUCCAAACUUAAACCCAUUCUUACCAAAUAUUCUGCCAGAGAUCUCCAAAAUUUAAUGUCCUGGCGAUUCAUAAUGGAACUUGUAAGCAGCCUCAGCCGAAACUACAAGGAGUCCCGAAAUGCUUUUCGCAAGGCCAUUUUUGGGACGACAUCUGAAACGGCAACCUGGAGACGUUGUGCAAAUUACGUCAAUGGGAAUAUGGAGAAUGCUGUGGGAAGACUUUAUGUGGAAGCUGCAUUUGCUGGGGAGAGCAAACACCUGGUUGAGGAUUUGAUUGCACAGAUCCGGGAAGUUUUCAUUCAGACCUUAGAUGACCUCACUUGGAUGGAUGCCGAAACAAAAAAGAAAGCUGAGGAAAAGGCCUUAGCAAUUAAAGAAAGAAUUGGCUAUCCUGAUGACCUUAUUUCAGACGACGAAAAACUGAAUAAGGAGUAUCUCGAGCUGAGCUACAAGGAAGAUGAAUACUUUGAGAACAUAAUGCAAAAUUUGAAGUUCGGUCAAAGUAAACAACUGAAGAAGCUCCGGGAAAAGGUGGACAAGGAAGAGUGGAUAAGCGGAGCAGCUAUAGUCAAUGCAUUUUAUUCUUCAGGCAGAAACCAGAUAGUUUUUCCAGCCGGCAUUCUGCAGCCUCCGUUCUUCAGUGCCCAGCAGUCUAACUCACUGAACUACGGGGGCAUCGGCAUGGUCAUUGGACAUGAAAUCACCCACGGUUUUGAUGACAAUGGCAGAAACUUUAAUAAAGAUGGAGACCUGGCUGACUGGUGGAGUCCACAGUCUGCAAACAAUUUUAAAGAGCAGUCCAAGUGCAUGGUGUACCAGUAUGGAAACUUCACAUGGGACCUUGCUGGCGGCCAGCACCUCAAUGGCAUUAAUACGUUGGGAGAAAAUAUUGCUGAUAAUGGAGGUAUCGGACAAGCUUACAGAGCUUAUGAAAAUUAUGUUAAAAAGAAUGGUGAAGAAAAGUUACUUCCUGGACUUAACCUAAACCACAGACAACUAUUCUUCUUGAACUUUGCCCAGGUUUGGUGCGGGACCUACCGGCCAGAGUACGCCGUCAACUCCAUUAAAACAGACGUGCACAGUCCAGGCAAUUUCAGGAUUAUUGGGACGUUGCAGAAUUCUCCAGAGUUUUCAGAAGCCUUUCAAUGCCGCAAGAAUUCAUUCAUGAAUCGAGAAAACAAAUGUCGAGUUUGGUGAUCUUCAGGAGAAGCCAAGGGACCCUUCACUAGACUUACAAGCACCCCAGAAAUGAGGAGUUCUUCAUCCCCCAAAAAAUGCACCCUGGAGAGCACUGUAAUUUCUUGGGGUGGUUAACAGAGA